AUGAGGGGCAAAAAGGGCUUCAUGGCAAUAAAGCUUGAUAUGAGUAAAGCUUAUAAUCGUGUGGAGUGGAGGUUCUUAGAGGCAGCUAUGGGUCAAUUGGGCUUCUACCCACAAUGGAUUCGGUUAGUCAUGAUGUGUGUUACCACAGUGCAGUAUGCGGUUCUUGUGAAUGGUAGUCCGGGUGAGAUCAUCACUCCAACACGGGGAAUCAGGACCAACCUACCACAAUGGCACCAUUUGACCAAUCUGUUGAGAAUGUAUCAAGAGGCGUCCGGUCAACGCCUUAACCACAAUAAAACUUCCAACUUUUUCAGCAGGAACACAUCUUUGGAGGAAAAGGGGAAGAUUGUGGAAGUAUCAGGGAUUCCAAUCACUCAGAGAUAUGAUACAUAUCUGGGAUUAUUGGCUUUGGUGGGUAAAUCGAGAACGGUAGCUUUCAAAAGUAUUAUUGACCGAGUACGAAAGAAAUUGCAGGAUUGGAAGCUCAAGUUCUUCUCACAAGUAGGCAAUGGGAUUUUGCUAAAGGCAGUGAUUCAAGCUAUCCCUACCUAUAGCAUGAAUGUUUGCCUUCUUCCGAAAGGAUUAUGUUUGGAGAUAAAUAAAAAAAAAAAAUGCAACAAUUCUGGUGGAGUCAUUAUGCCAAGGAGUCUGGGGUGCACUGGAUGA